CCCCACCACUACUCUUAAGCACACAAAACGAGGCUUGCCUUCUCUUCUUCUCUGUAUCAGCUUUUGCAGAUUCCUCGCUCUCUGUAUUUGCUUUUUGUGCAUUUUACAUCAUUUCAGUUUGUUUCUCUCUCUCAUUCUCACUGUACAAAAUCUACCCUUUUUGAAGUUCUGUGGCUGAUACGCUUCAAGUUCAGGGCCUUACUUGCAUUCAUUGCUUUCAAUAAAUAAUCUUUCAGGUUUCCGUUAAUGGCUUGAUUUUUAUGACUUCCCAACUACUCCUCUUUCCUAUAAAACAACUACUUUUCUCUGCUAUUACCCUGUUUUUUUUCCUUCCUUGAGAAAAAGUAUGUUGAAAUUUUUCUUCUUCAUUUUCGUUUUUCAUUGCCCAGGCUCCAAAGUAGACAAAACUGAACCCUUGGCUCUGUGCAAGGAACGGAGGAAGUUCAUAAAGCAAGCGAUUGAUUCAAGGUACAAUCUUGCAGCAGCUCAUGUUUCUUACAUAAACUCUCUUAAAAACUUUGGUGUAGCUCUCCGACGAUUCGCUGAAGCAGAGGUUUUGAUAGAGUCUUCUCUGUCAACAACCUCAGCUACUGAGCUUGACAAGUCUCCAUCACAUUCCUCGUACCUCUCUCCCUCUCCCUCUCACAAUGCAGAGGUCUCAGAUUCACCAUUGCACUUUGAGAGUCCUAUUUCACCACCAGUGAUGAACAUGAGUUAUAUGAGAGCUGGUGGAGGUGGUAAUGCAGUGACUGUUAAGUUUAAUUUGAAUAAUAGCGGUGGUUUUGUUGAGGAUGAGACAUUGGGGUUCUCUAUGCCAAUGCCGCCGCCGCCACCUCCUCCUUUUGAGUUAGCUGGUUCAUGGGAUUUUUUUGAUCCAAGUGAUAAUGGUGAGAGUUUUAGAUUUGUUAGGCAUAGUGAGUUGGAUAUGGAUUUUGAUAAUAUGAGUGGGUGGAGUGAGUUUAGGGGUGAAAAGGUUGGUGUUGAACAAAGUGUGGUAGAUGCAAAAGGAAAAUGGACAAAAGUUGGUUUAGAUGGAAAGAGUCAAGUACAUGAAGAAACUCUGACGCCUGGUGUGGAGCAUAAGGGGGUUGGAAGUUCUGGUAAUUCAUUAACUCAAAAUGGCAGUUAUAACUCUAGAGUGAAAGGCACUGCCCCCUCGUUUGAAUUGAGAGGAGUUGAAGGUUCUAGUAGACAAGAAUUUGUUGGUCAAGUGAGGCAUGUAGAAGAGGGGCAAAAUGCCAGUGUUUCCACUUUUGAACAAUCAGGUUCAAAGAGAGAGAAAACUGUAGCAGUGAACAAUUUGUCUACAGAAAGAGAGGAUCCAUCGGAGUUCAUUACGCAUAGAGCUAAGGAUUUUCUUGCAAGCGUAAAGGAUAUAGAGCAUCGCUUCUUUAGAGCAUCUGAAUCUGGGAAGGAGGUCUCCAGAAUGCUUGAGGCAAACAAUAUCAGGGUUGGAUAUUCUGAGGCAAAAGGAGGGUCAUCUGCCUCAGCAAUUUUGGUGGCUGUAAAAUUUGUUUGCUGUCGAGGAAAGACUGCACUUGUUUCUCAUGAACCUGUAGAACAUAUGACCAAGAUCAUUACAUGGAAACGGACAACAUCUUCAAGGUCAUCUUCAUCAAGAAAUCCUCUUGUCACAGCAACAAAAGAUGAUGCCUCAGAUAGUGGUAGUGAUUUUGUUGAAGAGUUCUGCAUGAUUGCAGGGAGUCAUUCCUCCACCCUUGACAGACUGUAUGCAUGGGAAAGAAAACUCUAUGAUGAAAUAAAGGCCAGUGAAUCUAUCAGGAGAGAGUAUGAUCGGAGGUGUGACCAGCUUAGACACCAGUUUGCCAAAGAUCAAAGCGCUAAUGUGAUUGAUAAAACCCGUGCAGUUGUAAAGGAUUUACAUUCACGCAUAAGAGUGGCAAUUCACUCUGUAGAUUCAAUAUCAAAGCGGAUUGAGAGAAUGAGAGAUGAAGAGUUGCAGCCGCAACUUCUAGAAUUAAUUCAAGGGUUGAUCAGGAUGUGGAAGACCAUGCUUGAAUGCCAUCAUGCACAGUACAUCACAAUCUCAUUAGCAUACCAUUCAAGGAGUAUAACAGGAACUCCACAAGGAAAUACCCGUAGGCAGAUUAUGGCUCAGCUCCAGCAGGAGGUUGAAUGCUUUGGCUUAAGCUUUGCAAACUGGGUUAACAGCCAUGCAUCCUAUGUGGAAGCUCUAAAUGGGUGGCUGCAAAAUUGCAUCCUGCAACCACAGGAGCGUUCCAAGAGUAGGAGGUCAUUCUCCCCUCGCAGACUCUUGGCACCACCUUUAUUUGUUCUAUGUCGUGAUUGGUCAGCUGGGAUCAAAGGUUUGCCAUCUGAGGAACUUAAUAAUGCCAUCAAAACCCUCUUAUCUGAUUUGUACCACCUAAUGGAGCAACAAGAAGAGCAGUUACACAAGGAAGAGAAAGUAGUUGAUGUAAAUAAUGGAGAAUCAGGGGAGAAAGAGAAUGACAGGAAUGAUGAUGUGGCCUCGAACAUGUACUGCAUACACGCCAGUUUGACAAAGGUUCUUGAUAGACUGAACAAAUUUUCUGAGGCUUCAUUGAAAAUGUACGAGGACAUCAGACAGAAAACUGAAGCAGCUCGAGUAGCGUACUUGAAUUGCAGGCCACUUAGGUGUUAACUAUUAUGUAAUUAGAACAUAUAAGCAUUUCUAAGUUGGUGGUUGGAAAUAGAAACUUGUAAAUGCAAAGUGGUUUCAAACCCCUUUAUGAAGGAAUAUAAUAUUUCUUGUUUUGGAGUAAA